AUGACUUACUCCAUUGGUGAUGACACCUAUUUGUGUGGAUGUAAAAAGUUUGAGAAACUUGGUGUAAUGUGCAACCAUAUAUGUUAUGUGUUGAAAUAUAAGUUUGUUAGGUUGAUACCCGAGAAGUUGCAUGGAGGAAGAUGGUUGAAGUCACAAUUUGUGAAGCCAAUACAUGGAGGUUUUUCUGAUGAUCAAGAAAUACACCUUGUUGUGGACGAGAAGAAGAUUGCAUUUAAAAACUUGUAUGCAUUAUCAUUUGAAAUAAUACAAAGUAUUGAAGGGAACAUUGACCAAAUCAAUGCAUUUACUACAAUUAUUGAAGCAGGUCAGAAGCAGCUUCUUAGAGAAGGUGUUAUCAUGUCUUCCACAGAGAAGAGAGCAUUGAUCGAGAACUUCUAUGGCUCACAAGUUCUGAACUUUAUUGAAGUUUAUCAUCCGGGUGUUGUCAGUAUAAAGGGAAGUGGAAGUAGGAAGAAAUCGAAGAAAUCGAAGAAAGAGUCAGCAAUGAAGUUAUCAAUGAAACCAUGUCGAAAAUGUAGAAACUGCCAUGAGAUUGGACAUCAUGAUCCGAGGAACUGCAAAAAAGGUGAAAGAGAAUACGAAACAGAGGCAGUGAUAUCUGGACACAAAUAG